UACUUUGGAGGCAAGGACAUCGGGGCAGUUCCGCGGCCUCGGUGUUCGCUUUUCGGACUUUGUGUGGCAGAGGGGGCCUCGGGGGUAGUUCGGGCCAUGCCGAACUUGUCGCCUGCAGAGGAUGCCGAGCAUCUCCUCCCCGACCGACCGGAAGAUGAGGAGCUGGUGAUGGAUGCCUCCCGUCCGCGGCAGAGGCGCUGGCUGUCCGCGGCGGGCUACAGCGCUUUGGCGCUGGCCUCCCUGGCGCUGCUGGUCUACUCCGCAGCCCCCGGGCCCGCGCGGCCGAAGCCGAAGACGCGUGGCUACCAGAAGCUCUGGGGAGCUUCCUGCCGGAUGAUGGGCUGCGCCACGGACAACUUUGUGGGCACCUGCCAGUGCAACGACGGGUGCAGCUACUUUGGGGACUGCUGCGAGGACUACGAGGCGGAAUGCACGAGCGCUGGGAGCUUCCAAUCAGCGGCACUCCAAGGCUCCUGCCGGGACUUUGGGUGCGGCACGUCCAACGGCUGCCCCAUGGGCGCGCAGUGCAACUUCUGCAAGUGCACACCAGACUGCCACGACAGCGGGGACUGCUGCCCAGACUUUGAUCAGCUUUGUGCAGGCACUUCCGAUGCGAGUGGAUCGCAAUCGCAGGACGUCCAUGACUAUCACGAUCACAGCCCGAGCGGAAGCGAGGACCAGGGCCACUACUGGCGCAGCUGGCACAGCACUGAGCACGCCCAUGGCUACGACCAAGAUGGAUAUGACCACGGGCACAGCGACUUCGGCUCCGGAGCCACCGGAUCCGAGGACCUUCAUCAUGAAUAUGGCCAUGAAUAUGGCCAUCCGCACACGUUUCACAAACCCUGGCACAGCACUGACAGCGGGGAGUAUCACCAUCCGACCGAGUUUCACCACUGGCGUGGCGACAGCUCCGGUGACGGCGACAGCUCCGGUGACGGCGACAGCUCCGGUGACGGCGACAGCUCCGGUGACGGUGACGGCUCCAGCGUCGGGGGCGGCGACGGAUCCAACGACAGGGACGGUGACAGCUCCAACGCCGCGGGCAGUGACAGCUCCAACGCCGGAGACACUGACGGUUCAGGCGUCGGGAACGGCGACGGCUCCAACGCUGGGGGCGCUGAAACGCCCAAUGCCGGGGACGCCGACGGGUCCAUUGCUGGCGACGGCUCCAACGCGGGUGCUGGCGACUCCAACGUUGGCAGCGGCGACAGCUCCAGCGCAGAGGAUGGCGACGGCUCCAACGCAGAGGAUGGCGACGGCUCCAACGCAGAGGAUGGCGACGGCUCCAACGCAGAGGAUGGCAGCGGCUCCAAUGGUGUUUCCAAUGGCUCCAGUGGCGGCGACAUCUCCAACGCUGGGGAAGGCGACCGCUCCGCAGCAGGCAGCGGGUCCGCGUCCGCUGUGACGUCAAAGCCUGCGCGCGAAAAGAAGGAGGAGCCAAAAGCAAAACCGGAGGUGCCCAAGUCGCCCGUGCAGUCGUCUGGGCCGGCGCCGCCCGCUGCGGACGCGCCGCAGGCGCCGCAGGCCCAGCACAACUUCCCCCCGGCGGCGGUGAAGCCGACGCUGGAGCAGGUCAUGCACUCGCGGACCGAGGCGAAGCCCGAGGGCAAGCACGAGGUCUUCGAGUUGCAGCGCCACACCUGGAUCGAGAUGCUGAAGUGGCAGCAGGUGAGCGGAUGCCCGGCACAGCUCAUGGACCAAGACAUCUCUGGGGGAGCUGACGCUGGCACCUUCCACGAGGUGGACACCGCGGCGGCCUGCCAGCGGCUCUGCACGGAGCGCCACGCCUGCGACGCCUGCGUCUGGGGCUCGCAGCGGGGCCAGCCAGGCCUCACGGACGUUUGCUUCCUGAAGAAGAUCGACGGCGCCCCCCGCAUGAUCCCCCAGGCGGGCGUUGUGGCGGCCCUGCCCUGCUGUCGCGCUGACGCGGCGGAGCAGCGUUGCCCGGAGGCGGCGGAGGACACGGACCUCCUCACCUCCGCGGGCCUCCCUGCCAGAGAAGGCGUGAACUCGGUGGAGCAGUGCCAAAAGCUGUGCACGGCGGAGCCCAGCUGCCACGCCUUCGUGUGGGGCGCGGCCAGGAACGUGCCUGGGCUUACGGACGUGUGCUUCAUGAAGACCUUGGGAGUGGACGAGAAGCCACAGCUCUCGAGCAAGCCCGGAGUCAUCGCAGGUCUCCCCUGCGCGUGCCGGGCGGCCGUGCACCAGGCGAUUUGGCCUUCGGAGGAGAAGCAGCUCUUCCAGAUGCCCAAGCCGCCCGCGCCGCGCCCGGCUAACCCGGGCUCCGCCUACUGCGUGGUCUUGAUGCGGGCCUACACCUAUGAGACCCAGUUGCUGUCUAUGCAGUUCCGGCAGAAGCAGGGGGUCUUUGGGUGCGCGGGCUGGGACGUCUUCAGCAACCAGGAGAUGGUGCUGGCUGAGGGCUUGGCCACCAAGUUGGUGCGCUCCAGUCAGAUGUGCGAGGUGGGCGGAGAGUUCAAGACGGCGCUGAACUUGGACAUCUUUGCUGCCUUUUGGAAGGAGAUCUUCGUGCGCAAGGAGUUCUUGAACUACAACUGGUUCGUCAAGGCGGACGCCGACACGGUGUUCAUCGCCUCGCGCUUGCCCUCGGCCAUCACAAAGUACGAGCAGUCGGCCUCCUCGAUUGACGGCCAGAACGGGGUCUACUUCAACAACUGCAAGUUCGGCAUGCACGGGCCGUUGGAGGUUUUCUCUCAGAAGGCGGUGCUCACUUUGCAAGGCCUUUUCGGCACCUGCUAUGACUACUUCAUGGACCUCUGUAGCGGGGACUGCAACUGGGGCGAGGAUCUUUGGGUGGAUCAGUGCCUCAAACGCCGCGGCAACGCCACCAUCGACCGGGUGAACAACUACCAAUUGCUGGAGGAGGAGCACUGCGAUCCCAAGGAGGGCUGGGAGGACUGCUCGGACCCGGAGAAGGUGGCCUUCCAUCCCUUCAAGUCUCAGGAGACUUGGCAAACCUGCAUGGACAACGCCCUGGCGUGAAUCGAGGGCUCGCUAGGAUCUAUGCUAAUUACCGACUGGCCCCUCAAUGUCCUGAUUGACACUCAGCCGGCUUGUACAAACGGAUCCUGGGUGAGGUCGGGAAGCUACCAGCCUGCCAUGUUUUUGGG